AGUUCGCUUUCUGCAGCGGGUAAAGGUUUUGGCGUAGUAUUUGACCGGCUAUUUCAUGUACCGCGCGGCAUUUCGGCGUUCAUUCAACGAUCGGAGAGUGCCCGCGCGCCGGUCUCGCACUAGCUCCCCGACGCACGCCGCCGGUACACGCGAUCCGAAUGUCACAUCACUAGUGAUCCCUUGUCAAAAAUAUCCCAGUGUUUUUUUAUUGAUAUAAGGCGCGAGUGUUUUCAGCCAGUGUUUUUAAUAUCGAUUUUUAUUCGCUUUCGACGUUUUAACGUAAUCGGAAUUAAAUUGUUGCAUGAAUAUGGACUUGUCCGAAGGAGCUACAUCAAUGCCUUGUUCAUGGAUGUCUUGUUAACUGGUUUUCCCCAAAGGCUUUUGGUAGCUCUAUCGGUAUUAGUAAUAUUAGUUAUGUUCGUGAUGCCAGCUGAAACGCGAUCGAUUGAACACAAGAGGCGGCAUCAAAGAAGGCAGCCGGAAGCAAUGGCACAACUAACCAAAGACAUGCGAGCGACGAGGCAUCCAAGCGUCGAACUAUACAAGAACGCUACUAGAAAGAUUAUGAGGAAGUUAAAAAAUACGAGAAGAUUUUUCAAUCAAGAAAGAAAAGAAUUAAACGAAUCGAAAGAAUACAGAGAUGGGAUGCCGGAUUGGUUGCCGGCUGUUAACUUCGUCGAUAUACAUUUCCACGAUUAUAAGUCAUCGAGAAAAUUUGGCGGAUCGAUUUGGGAGAAAAAGUUCGCCUACCAAAUGCCGAGACUCUACAAAUCGUUGAAAGAAUACUACGAGCUAUUUAAAAAACUGCGCGACGUCGAAGUUGACUUCCCCGACGAUCCGUUCAAUAGUUACAAGAACGCACGACAGAAACUCAUCAACGGUUCGUUGCAACGGCUUUACAGUUCCAUCGCGGAGGUCACAGAGAGUAUGACAGCUGUCAAUAUGGACACACCGAACUUUGACAUCAGCAAAAUGAAGCUAGAAAAUUUCCCGAUGAAAGUUGACGCGACACAAUGUCUCAAGAAUGACUACAUAGUGUUCCGAGGUUAUGGUAACUUACUCAACAAUUGGUACUACGAAUUCAGAUGUCCGAGAAGUAAGAAGGUAAACAAAAGAUGCGCGGCGUACGAAGAUAAACUUCAAGAAAAGAGGGACAGCAGAAGACCCAAGAAUAAAAUGCUCUUUAUGAGUUGAGUCUCAGAUUACCUAACAGUGGGUUUCCAUCACUGGUACACAAUGUACAUAAACAUAUUGCUAUCUUUGUUUUUCUUAAAUACAAUAUGAAAUUGGC